AUGAGCCGUUUGGUAUGUGGGCCGACGACGGAGGAGCUCCGGCGAGGGCCGUGGACUGUGGACGAAGACCUCCUCCUCGUUAACUACGUCGCCCAGCAUGGCCAAGGCCGGUGGAAUGCCCUCGCUCGCUCUGCAGGCCUGAAACGAACCGGAAAGAGCUGCAGAUUCCGAUGGCUCAACUAUCUCCGGCCGGACGUUCGCCGAGGAAACAUCACACCGGAGGAACAACUCAUUAUCGUCGAACUCCAUUCUCGGUGGGGGAACAGGUGGUCGAAGAUCGCUCGCUUCCUCCCCGGAAGGACCGACAACGAGAUCAAGAAUUACUGGAGGACGCGGGUGCAGAAGCACGUGAAGCAGCUCCGCUGCGACGCCAGUAGCAGAGCGUUUAAGGACGCAAUGCGCCGCCUGUGGGUUGAUCGGAUACUUGAACGAAAACUUUGUGAUCGGAAGUCUAAUGGAAAGUUGGCAAAGGAAAAGUUUAAGUGGGUCACAAUUGACUGGAUAUUUGAUGAUUGA